AUGGGCACGCUGAAAAUUGGGGGACCCUGCAAAUACUUGGUUCAAGUCUCCGAUCACCACCAGCUUGCUUCAGCUCUUAGCCACUGCAAUGAGCAGUCGAUUAGAUACAUCGUGAUCGGUAAAGGCUCCAACUGUCUGUUUGAUGACCUCGGAUUCGAUGGAUGCGUUAUCCGAAAUAGCAUUGUGCUUUUAGAGAGGAAUGAGCCUUGUCUCUACAAAGCUGGAAGCGGCUACCCCUUCAAUCGCCUCGGCCUCCAGACCGCAAAUGAGGGCUUUUCGGGGCUCGGAUUCGCCGCAGGGAUUCAGGGGACAGUUGGCGGUGCCACUUACAUGAAUGCCGGAACAAAUGGACAGGAAACGGCUGAUGCGGUGGAAAGUGUUGAGAUUAUGAUGAGGGAAGGAGAGUGCAUGAUUUUAAACAGAAGCGAGCUCGAUUUUGGAUAUCGAUGGUCUUCGUUUCGAAACAUGAAGGAAUUGGCUGCUAUAACUGCUGUCACUUUCAAACUGAAGGUUUCUGAAUCAGCCAGGAAAAACCAGCAAGAAUACUUGGAAAGGUAG